AUGAGAUUGGCACUGUCUCAAAUCCCAGCACGAAUGCUUGGCACUGUAAUCCCAAAUGCAUGGCACUACAGUAAUCACUUACUUUCAUUCUACCUACGAUUUAUUUGGUGGGGUGGCAUCUAUAUCAGCUGCUUUCUACUCUCAAGACUCUAUGGAAUUCCCUAUCUUCUUCUCUGGCCAAGGGUGAAUCAAUCGAUUCAAUCAAAGCAACCCAAGCAUUCAAAAGUAUCCGUUUUUAGUUCUUACUUUUGCCUGAUCCGGAACCCUAACCCGCCCCAAAGAUCACCCAUACCCAUCAAGAAAAAAGGCGCAACGAAGUGGGUUGUUAUCGCGAGAGAGCCCAGCACUGGUUAUUAUGGUAAGUAG